CAGCUUAUCUCGAGAGAUGAGUAGGUCCCGGAAUGGGUCUGGCCACAUCCUCCCGAAAGUUUAAUCAUUCUCAAAAUGGUGGCCCUCAAUGGUGUCAUUUUCUUCGCGGCAGUGAUCUUUAUCCUGGAAACCACAGAUGGCGCAACCACCUAUAUCGAUUCUCCGGGCUAUCCGGCCCCCUACAAACCAACUAACGAUUGGCGCACUCAGGCCCCAGUGAAGGCGUUAGGUGGAAUGAGAGCCAAACUGACCGUCACUAUGAUGGACCUCGCAGACGGGGACACGGUGGAUAUUUACGAUGGGUCGGACUGCAGUGCAAAUAAUAAUCACUUGGGGACAUUCAAGGGGACUGGAGGCACGAAUCCGAACAUUAACAAGGUCUUUUUCUCCACUACGAAUACCUUCUGUAUAAAGUUACGAGCGCCCACUGGAUACGGCAGGGGGUUCACAAUGAAGACAGAAGAUGUUUACGGCUGUCAAGGUACAUACACCGAGGACAAUGGCGACAUCAUCAGCCCAGGUUUCCCAAACCACAACUAUGAGACAUCCACCAGUUGCCGAUGGACUGUCUCCAUCGAUCAAGGUCAAAGGAUUGAGUACAAGGUCAUGUCGAUUGACUUUGACCCUGGAAGCUCAUGUCCGACCUACCUUACUCUGUCGGCGGUUCAAACAGAUCACGCUGGGAAGAUAUGUCAAUCGAGCAUGCAGGGGAAGACGAUUGUUUCUACUUCGACUGACAGUGACGUCGUCUUUGAAUCCAGAAAGACGACAUUCUGGAACUUAUGGACAACCAACGAGGAUAGUGGACAUAAGGGAUUCUGGUUAGCAUAUAAAUCGAUUGGUUGCAAGGCGAAGCUUCUACCUGCGAGUUCCGAUACCGACGGUCACCUCAGCAACAAAAACGAGUAUUAUGCCAAUUCGUACAUUGCCAAAUACGCUUGCAACCCGGGGUACUGGUUUAGCGACAAGAAGAACGAAAACUGGUUUGUUUGCCAGGAAAACGAACCGAAGAAGCAAUGGUAUGGUACGACGAAGCAAUGCGUAGAGAUCCGAUGCGGCAACCCACCCGUUCCCGCUGGCGGUCAGGUGUCUCUCUCCAAUGAAGACAAGAUGAACAGCGUGGCGACGUACACAUGUAACACCGACUUCACUAUGAACGGCAAAGACAAACGAACCUGCCUUGCUGACGGAACCUGGAGCGACAAAACUCCCAACUGCAAAGGUGUCCAUGUUGAGUGCAGUGUCCCCGGUGACCCACCCAAUGGCAAGCAGAUUGGAAAAAAUCAUAGCAAAGGCGAUUCUGUGUCGUUUGAGUGUGACAUGGGCUACGAGCUGGAGGGUCACCGAAACAUCACGUGUCUUCAAGAUGGAAAGUGGAGUGCCAACAAACCAGUUUGCAAAGAAAUUACUUGCCGACCUCCCAUGCCACCUCACAAUGGUUUCUUAGUCACGAACGCCACCACACUUGGAUCGACUGCCAUCUUCAAAUGUCUUUCUGGCUACAAGAUCAACGGAUCCCAAGCAAUCGUGUGUCUGCCGUCUGGGACCUGGAGCGGUGUCGAACCAGUGUGUGAACUCAUAACCUGCCCUGGCCUUAGCGACCCCUAUGAUGGCAAGAUGGUUCUCUCGGGUCUCACCCCUGGAAACUCCGCAACUUUCUCCUGCAGUCUCGGGUUUAACUUGAUUGGACCGGAGACGAUGAACUGUACUGCUGAAGGAUCGUGGUCGUCACCACCACCAUUCUGCUCUAAGGUCUAUUGUCCUGAUCUGCAGAAUGCCACCAAUGCCCAACCCAUGUCGUCUGUCCAUAUAUAUCUAGAUGUUGCUGUUUACCGGUGUGACCCGGAUUACUUCUUCGACAGCAAUAGGUCAACCACGGAGGUGAAUGUCACGUGCCAAGCAGAUGGAGUUUGGAGUGAAAACGUCACGGGAUGUUGGUACGGACCAAUCGUUACGACCCCAACACCAACUACGACAAUCACAACCACAGCAACUACGACCCCAACACCAACUACGACAACCACAACCACAGCAACUACGACCAAGAUCAUGACUACGACUUCAACAACAACUACCCCUGCUACAACUACAAGUAACUCUAAAACAAUGAGACCAGCUACCACUACAAUGUUUGCGACUUCAACAGGAGAAACGGGGCCAACCAAUGCUGACGCUCAACAUUCAAAACAAGAUGCUGGGAAGCAGAAUAACAACAUUUACAUCUACAUCGCGGUGGGGAUCGUAGUCGUCGCUCUAGUAGUAUGCAUCACCGGCUACGUCAUCUAUAGCAGGAGAAAGAGGUCAAGAGAACGGUCUCCUUCCAAAACAAAGCUAGAGCUACCCGACCACGAACCAAGCACUGGCACAUUCGAGAACCCCUUGUUUUCUCCCGAGCUCCAUGCUCCGCCUACAGACAGGAAGUCAAAGACCUGGUUGGAAAACCCCACCUAUAACACUGCUGAUGACGUCACGGUUGAUGAUGUCAUAGAUGAUGGCGAUAUCUAUGACAGGCCUUCAAAUAUCAGGGUCGACACGAUUGACGAUGUUGACGAGUAAAUAAAUCCUGCCGCAAAUACUGCAUAAUGUAUCUGGAAAAUAGACUUGAUAUUUGUUUAUUAGUGAACUGCAAUCAUACAAAUGUAAUAUUGCACAUGAUAUCCGAGGUACAUUUGUGUCCAUUAAUCGCCAUCACCGGAGCAAUGGAUUAUACUUGUACUCAAGUUUGUAUGAAAUCAACGUCGUCAACUUUAUUUAUAGGAAGGUUGUGCAAGUGAUAUCGUCUUGCUGUUUGUAUGUUUGUAUGUUUGAUUGUAAAUAAAAUACCAUCAAUCAC